AUGAGGACGGCUGCACCCAUUGGCCUGCCUAAACUGAUCGUCAGCACAGUCGCGUCCGGCAAUACAGGGCCGAUAGUGGGUGAGUGCGAUAUCACCCUGAUGUACUCGGUCAUAGAUAUCGCGGGCAAUAACCGGCUCCUCCGCGAAGUGCUGGGGAAUGCAGCUGGCGCUAUGUUCGGCAUGGCAUCGACAUAUCAGCAUAGGCUGAGUGAAAGCCGGACCCUGAGUGCGCAGGACAACCGGCCAGAAGAGACGAAGAUUCGAGUCGGUAUUACGAUGUUCGGCGUGACCACCCCGUAUGUGGAUCAUGUGAGACGUCACUUGGAAAACAGCUAUUCUGUAGAGGUCUACGUGUUUCAUGCGACUGGUCAUGGGGGAAAGGCCAUGGAACGAUUGGUUGAGGAAGGCUGUCUAGACGCCAUCUUGGAUAUCACAACGACGGAGAUUUGUGAUCUCAUUGUGGGCGGGACUAUGCGCUGUGAAACUAGCUGCCUGGAGACGACACUCAAGCGCGGAAUACCCAAUAUCAUUUCCGUUGGAGCCACGGAUAUGGUCAAUUUUGGUCCGGUAGACACGGUACCACGCCAAUUCCGUGACCGCAAUUUGUUCGUCCAUAAUCCGAGCGUGACUCUGAUACGAACCUCUGCAGCCGAAUGUCGGGAAGUCGGGAAUUUCAUCCUCGACAAACUCUGGGCCGGGUCGGCAUUUGCAGAUACUGAUGCCGAUGCCGCCCUUACUGAUACUCUACGUUCGGGGCUCAACGAUGGCAAACUCCGAGUGGUAUCAGAUGAACGAGAUAUCAACGAUGAGGGAUUUGCGCUUGAAAUUGCGGGUCGGCUUAUGGCUCUUGUGGCAAAGCACUCGUCGACUUAG